CGAUAAACUGUUGUACUACGUGAUUUUAAACAUGCACGACAUGGACUUUGUAACGAAAGCAAAUCAAAGCUGUUAAGAGAAACUAUACGAGUCGGGUCAAAAGAUUGACGUAUACCCAAGGACCAGGGUACUUAAUUCUUGUUUUAAUACGAACACUUUCAAACCGAAGGCCCUCACAUUAGAAUUCUCAUUUGACGGGCGAACGUCUUCCAUUCAAGACAAAUUUUCUGAUCCCUAUUUUCCCAGUAACCAGGGAUUUUUCGUUUAUUCUGUUGUUUUGUGUUUCAAAUUUUUCAAAGAUGCGCUCACUUAUCGCGUUGAUUCUCUGUUUGUUUCUGGUAUUCAAUGCCGACACGUCACCCAUCCACGAAUACUUUGAACGGCCUUCUGUGGAGCCAGCCGACAGGUCUCUACACAUUUUCCGCCAGUUUGAGAAGAAUUUGCUGGGUCACAAACGCUUCCUUGCCGCACCAAACGACGUCAUCACUGAGGACAAUGUGAUUGAAUAUGAAGAAAUUAAUAAGGCAGCGAUAGCCCAAAUUUCCAGCGUCUUGUGCGAGGCUGGCAAAACCUCCGGGUGGUUGCAGUGCAACGAUUCCACCGGGGAAACCGACCGAUCUGAAGCGGAGAAGAUUUGCCAAGCUCACGGUCAAACACUUUGGACGUACGCCCCAAGGGCAUCGUACCAAUCGUACGGAUUCUGGAUUUGUGCUAAAAAUCGUACCAGAGUUGGGCGUAAACCUUAUUAGUCAUAAUCACGAUUUGGAUUGGGGUGGUGGGGGGUCUGUCAUCAAAACAAUUUGCGCGAAUUUUUUUUUCAAAAUUGGAUUCCAGAAUAACCGGUUUUUGUAGAAAGAGAUCUUGAAUAAACAACUAUAAUCACUUCCAGUGAUAUUUUCCAAACA